UAACAGUAUAUAUGUAAAGAAGUCAUAGAUUUGAUUGCAUUUGUAUUGCAAACAAUUGACUGUAUUUUACGAGUCAUUGAUCACCGGAACAGUUGUCUCGACAGCAAUGCACGGAAGAGUGAAAGUGAAGACAGAUUUGCAGAAACAGUUGGAGAAGAAGAAGGAAAAGGAGGAGAAGUGUCGCCAAUAUCUGGCCCUUCAAGAAGUGGUCUUCGGCAGAAGAGCUCGACGUGAAUAUGACAGCGAAUCGCUGGCAACGAGCGCUCAAUUGGUUUCAGUUAAUCCCGACUUCUAUACGGUUUGGAACUUCAGACGAGAGAUCAUUAACCACAUGAAG